UUAGCUUAUUGUUUCAAUUGGACUGGACUGUGGCGAAGUGUACAUAUUCCCAAGAUGAGAUACUUAGUUCUACUUGCCUGCGCGUCAGUCGCUCUGGCUUGCAAAUGCAACCAGAAAUUGGACGACGAAUGGGAAGUGUACAAAAAAUUCCACAACAAAGUUUACGAUACCCGAGAUGAAGACUGUUACAGAAGAAAUAUUUGGGAGGACUCGGUGAAAUGGGUGGCCAAACACAACAGAGAAUACGACAUGGGAGUCCAUACUUAUUGGGUGGGAAUUAACCAAUUUUCUGACAUGACACAACAGGAAAGAGUCAGCAAGAUGAACGGUGCAGUUAUGCCAGAGAACGUGACCUACGAUGGUAUUGAAUGGUUUCAGGAGCCCCUGAACGUUCAGCUGCCUUCCACAGUGGACUGGAGACAAAAAGGUGCUGUCACCCCGGUAAAAAACCAGCGUGCGUGUGGGUCGUGCUGGGCAUUCUCCGCCACUGGCACAAUGGAGGGACAGUCGGUUCUAAGGAAACAUAAAAAAGUCUCUCUCUCAGAACAGCAACUGGUGGACUGCGACAAGCAUGAUGGUGGUUGCAAUGGCGGCAAUCCGGACAGCGCUAUCAAGUAUGUGGCUCAGAACGGCGGCAUUGACACAGAAUCUGCCUACAGUUACACAGCAAAGAAUGGCCAUUGCCACUUUAGCAAAAGUGGCGUUGGCUACACGACUUCCGGUGUGGUGCACGUUCCAGCAAGCGAGUCCUCCCUUCAGUCUGCAGUAGCCACCGUGGGCCCAAUCUCUGUCUGUAUUGAUGCAUCACACCGCUCUUUCGGAGCAUACAAGGGUGGAGUUUACAACGAACCAGCCUGCAGCCACCAUACGGACCAUUGCGUGUUGGCCGUUGGUUAUGGAACCAUGAGUGGAAAAGCCUACUGGCUGGUGAAAAACAGCUGGGGUACCAACUGGGGAGUCAAAGGAUAUAUCUACAUGUCCCGAAACAAGGGCAACCAGUGCGCUAUUGCAUCGUAUGGAACGUAUUCCAAAUGAGAAGUCUUAAAUGAAACGUUAGCAGAGACAUGCUAAGUAUAUGCAUCCCUGUAUCCCUGAGCCAGAUUAUAACGUUGGAGGUUCUGUUGAUUUAUGGACAAUGAAGAACAUCAACCUGCUGAUAAUGAGAUUAUCAAAUGUGAAGCACAAAAAGGAAUGUCAGCGACAAUUCGAUAAUACACAUUGCUAACGUGAAGUUCGA